CAAUCUACCGGAACCAGUCAAGAUGUCACGCAGUUCUUCAUCAUUUGCUGACUUUCAGCGAAUUCUGUAUUGGCAGCACCUCACACUAAAGAUGAUUGGUUGUGAUAUUUUUGACAGUAAUUUUCGAGUUUCGAUUCUCACUCUGUGCAUCGUAUUUCUCGCGGGAUUGUUUAUGGUGAUAUCUUCAAUAAACUUGUAUCUCUUCCGCGAUAACAUAUUUAACUUCACAUUCGUACUUGUGACAUUUUUUUUCGGAGUGAUUGGCUGUGGCAGGCUUGGCUUUCUACUAACCCAUCCAGCCGUUGCUUCGAACUUGGUGUGUGAAGCAAAGCGAACGUACGAACUGACAACUCAUAGUGAUGGUGAAGGAAAAGUCCUCUUCAAGUACACAAAACUAUUAAAGCAAUGCGUUGUGAUGUUCUCUGUCAUUUUUAUGUUUGGCGUUAUACUGACAGCAGUAAUGCCUUUGAUAUUUUUUCUAAUGAAUGGAGAGAAAAUUCUUCCUUUCGGGGUAAUUUUGCCUUUUUUGGAUCCCAAUUCGAGUGAUGGCUAUCAAUUGAACUACCUUUAUCAAAUAAGCUCCAUGUUAUGGACGCCUCCGGGUUUGACAGCAUCUCAGAACAUGUAUUUUGCCGUGGUAUUUAAUAUCUGUAUUCAAUAUGACUUGCUGAUUUUGAAACUAAAAGCAUUGGAUGAGUUAAUUGGGAAGAACGUGACGGAUGACAAUUUGGAUGAACAAAUUCGGAGAAAAAUAGUAGACAUCAUAGAAUGUCAGCAACGACUGGAAAACUUCGUUACCACACUCGAGAAGCUGUACGCAACCCAAGUUUUCAUAGAAGUUGCCAGCAAUGCGCUACAAAUUGUAAUGACACUUUUCGUUUUACAUAUUGAUAUGUGGAUGCCCGGAUACCUGAUAUUGAUGAUUGCAACAUUUCAACUUUUUGUUUCGUGCUUUCUGGGAACGCUCAUCGAUAUCAAAAGUGAACUGUUCACUAAGGAAGUUUACAAUAUAUCAUGGCACAGGAUGGGAACCAAUAAUAGAAAAACAUUGAAAUUCAUGCUAGCCAAGUCACAGCGAUCGAUCCAGCUUUCGUGUGGUGGAAUGAUGACGGUUAAUAUGAACUUGUUCCUGACAGUUUACAAGAAGAUCUACUCGAUCUUUAUGAUGCUACAGAACAUAUAACUUGAGCUGCAGUGGAUUCUACAAGAUUGACAUUGCAAGAACAAACACCGGAAGCACCACUCUCCGCCACGAUUAUUUCUAGUGAGCGUCACAUCAAAUCACCGUGAGAAAGGCCUUUUCAAAAUAAAGACUUAACAUCAGCCUGUCGAAAACGAUCAUUUAUUUCCAUUUCAGUUGACAGCCUGACGUCUGAUCAGAGACAUCAGGGAGGGCUUCUAUUUGAUGACCAGGUUCACUGUGAAGUGCUCAGUCCAGUAAGCGGUUCAACUGAACAAAUUUGCGUCGGCGGCGGGAGGCAGCGAAUCAGUUUCUUUUGUUUCGCUUGACCAGCAGACUGGUAAAAUUAAAUUUAUGUCUCUAGUGACGUCUGGCCGAGAUGCAUAUGUGAUUUGCACUCAUAGAUUGACAGUAAUUUUUGAUGGAGUGCAACAGC